CGAAUGCAGUAUGCUGUAGUCCGGGUACCGCUUCUAGUCACUUCCUUGUCCUGCGGAGAGGAUAAAGCAGUGACGUCGGUGGACCGGUCUGCAAGGUGGCUGUAACGCCGCAGAGAGAAACCCGUCCGCCCGACCCGGACAAACGACCCACGCCGGUGUGCGAACACACAGACCAGCCACUUCAUCGUGUGCGGCUCGACGUCUCACGCACGCUGAAUCCUAAAAAUGUUGUGCUGUGGACCACGACGAUAGGCUGGCGGUUACUAAGCGACGCUCGACCGGGAGAACAGUCGCUACCAGCUGCCCACCGUCUAUGUGUCCGUGUGCGGUGCACCGGUGACCAUGUCCUUGGUGAAGAAUGACGAGGAGCAGCGAUGGGUGCCGACACACGUGCAGGUAACUGUGCUGCGGGCCCGAGGGCUGCGCUCGAAGGGUAAACACGGCACCAGCGACGUGUACACCAUCAUCCAGCUGGGCAAAGAGAAAUACUCCACGUGUGUGAUGGAGAAGACUACGGACCCGGAAUGGGCCGAGGAAUGCUCGUUCGAGCUGCAGCCGGGGAUCCUGGAGGAGGGAGGGCGAGACGCGUACCCACCCGGUAGUGGCGACCUGACCCUCACCGUUAUGCACCGAGCUCUCAUAGGACUGGAUGUGUUUCUGGGCCAGGCUGUCAUACCUCUGGAUAAAGCUUUUCAGGAACGGAAAUGCAUGAAAAAUGAGUGGUGCCGGCUGCAUUCUAAGACUGGCAAAAAGGAGAAGGAACGUGGGGAGCUUCAGUUGACCGUGCAGUUCACUCGGCACAACCUGACGGCCAGCAUGUACGACCUUUCCAUGAAGGACAAACCUCGCUCUGCUUUCGACAAGCUCAGAGAACGCAUGAGAGCUAAGAAGCGCUCUAGCGAAGAAGAUUCCUCUUCCGCCAUCGUCCCUGGGGGAUACGGAGCACUGGCACGCAUGCGGGGGCGGCUGCCGAGCGAUGGGGGUGGCGAGGAAGACUACGAGGAUGAUGAAGGCGGGGAGGCCCGCAGGAGUAAGAUGAGAAGUUUUUUCCUGCGUGGGAAGUUGAGGAAGUCUUCAGACACGCGCUCAAGCACGUCACUGGGCUCAGAGAGCAGCGAGUCUUCAUCGAGGGGCGGCAGCCUCAGUCCGACGGCAGGUAUCAGCGUGGUGGUCUCAGAUCUGUCCAACUCUCCAAGUAACAGCAGCAACCUGACUGCAGACAACAGUCCAGACCACACAGUGGCUCCCUCACCACAGGUGUCUCCUGUCAGACACGUGAUGUACGACAUCAGUUUACCAGUGCCUCAUUCUAUGACGUCAGAGAACGACACCCCUAUUCUGCUUCCUUCGGUGUGCGUGAAUGGGAAUCCGGUGGAAACGUCUCCUCUCACUCACCACCCGCCAUCACUUGUACUACAGCAACCUCGACCAGAGUCAACCAAACCAGUCACUCAGUCAGGUCAACCACAGGCAAACACGCUGCCAGCUAAGCCCCAGAAAGCCCAGCCGAAAUCCCACGAGACACAGCUACCCAAAUCCGAGUCAAAGCCAAGACCCGAACCCCUGCUCCCAGCCCUCGGGGUGCUUCAGAAGGGCUCUCUCUCCCUCUCCCUGCAGAACCUCUCUCGCCGCGGGGAAGAAAAGCAAAACGGCGGCCCUGUGGAUGGUCGUCGCUGGUCCUUCGAUAAACCUGGAGAGGAAGAAAAAGCAGCCAUCGUUGCAGCGUUAGAGCAAGCUGGGAGAGUCACAGACGAGGUGGAGAUGGAAACAGUGAUACCUGCUGGAGAGACAGAGACUCAGAACAAGAAAAGGAGGGGCCUGUUCUCACACGGGAAAGGUGAUUCAGCUGGGAAAGGACCAAUCGCGAGCAAAGAGGAAGCAGAACAUGCUCAACCACUUGUAGAAGUCAAACAUAAAGGAUGGUUCAGCUCCAAGGACUCACACAGUAAACCCAGCCCGCUGGUGUCUCCUCAGUCACACUCAAGUGCUGGUACAAUCUCUCCUAUUGUACCCUUGACCUUUAAUGACCCUUCACAGAGUAUGGCUGACAAAAACGCUAAUCCCUUCACCUCUCCCCCACCCCUUUUUGACGCCAAUCCAUUCCUCCCACACACACAGCAGAAUCCUUUCAUUCAGGAGAUUCCUUCUACCACUCCUGAUGUGCCCUCUCUCUUCAGCUCAACCCAGUCGCAGUCUGGCACUAAUGCCACCCCAGAUUUACUAAGUAAUGGAAACCAAAAGGAAGUUUCCCAAAAGAAUAUCUCAUUUGAUCCUUUAUUUUCUCACUUCGAGGGGCUGACAGAAAAAGAUGGCUUUGAAUAUUUUGUUAAGGACAGACUGAAGUCAGAAGAGGUGAAUGAAACAACAAAUUCGGUUACACCUCCUGCUGUCCUUAUGAAAACAAGCAAUCAAGAGCCCUCAGGUGCUUUGGGUGGAUUAAUGGUUUUGGAUACGAAUUACCUGACUGAUUUAGGACAAACUGCUUCAGCAAGUACUGUAGAGACAUCUAAAGACACUACUGCUGACACACCUCUAGUUUCAGGAAGUGAUGAUAAUUUUAUGAGCUCUAGUUCUAACAAGCCUGACCUCGCUGCUCAUGGUGCGCAUGGCUUCCCAGAAUUUGAUCUCAAUUCAUCCGAAAUCUCCUUACCCGAAAAUUCCAGUUUAGAGUUUUCUGAACUGAAUACACUUGCACGCCCUUAUCCUGCACUGUCACCCCACUCCAAGAAAGAAGAAAGUUCUGAUGACACAACUCUUGAGGAACACCUAGAGAACAAGCAAAAUACCAAAUCAGAUGUCCCACAGCCAUCAGUAUCAGAAGCAGACACUGGUGACUUUCCUCCUAGUAUCUCCUUAGAGCUCUCAGAGGGGUCUGUGAGUUCUGAAACAUUACAGAGGCCUGAAAUGUUAGACUUUACUAAAGAUAUUGAGUCUGUGACAGUCCAUGAGGAUCCACUGCCGUUCUUUGCGGACGACAGCUCAGGUGACGCCCUGGAACAGUCCACAGUGAUAUCUGAUUCCUUAGGUGGAGACCAAGACCAUCAGUCUAUUGAGCAUAGUCUUUCUCCACAGGCUGACAUCAUUCAAAGUAAUAUAAUACACUCUGAUGAAGAAUUUUGGGGAUCAAAUGCCGUACUUAUUCAAAAUUUGGCAGUAGGUGGAAAGUCCCUAGUUGAAGCCACAGAGCCUUCAGGAUUCAACGUUCAUUCAGGACAGAGUUCCCUAGUAUCAACUGCUCUGCCAGUGAAGAGUGGAGAGAAGACAGAUGCAGUUAUGGACACCAUGCUUCAGAAUGAAUCAGGAAAUGGUCUCUUAGAGGAUGUCGGUGGUAAAGGUACUGGAGAUUUUGUUCCUGAAAACCUAGUUGAUGGCCCUUCCUUUCCUGUACUCUCAAACUCCACCAUGUCUAAUGACAUUCAGGAGGACAGUCAGGAAGACAGUGAAUUGCCAACCAGUCCAUUUAAGAAAGAAUACCGGGUAACUCAACUCAGCACCAUCAGUGAAGAGGAAGAAGCAAUGCAUUGUAAUGAACCGACACUUCCUAUAGGACAUCUCCAUCCCACCACUGGAAUAGAGGAGAAUGCAUCAGAUCCAAACUCAGUGCUUUCACCUGGUAGCAUGGUUCUCCACAGCUUGUACAAGAGUGCAGAUUCAGACCAGUAUCUUACAUGUGUAUCUCAACAGGAUUUCCCAAUUUCCCCUAGCUUAGAGCUCACACAGGAAGUGAAACCAAAACAUGAUCUGUCUGAGGAAGACAUUUCAAAAUUUGAAUCUUUGCCAAACCAUAUCCCUAAUGUUGUGUCACAAGAUAACACAUCUGUAAAAGACUUACCAGAAAUGGGUUUUAAGCAAGAUCAGGUUAUAGCAGAAAACAAUCCUUUUUCCGAAGCCUUGCCAAAACAAGAAUCUCCUCUGGAUGUUCUACCAAAUAAUUUUUUACUUGACCUCUUGCCAGAAACGCAAGCCUUUACACCAAAACCAGCCCCCUCACAUUCAUCAGAGAACAUGAUAAAGUCCGAUUUUGAUGAAGCGGUGCAACAGUCCAAGCCUUCAGGUGACAUUGUUGAGAAAUACCACUUUCCCAAAGAGACGUCACCAGUUGUUGUUACCUCAGAAAUUAUCGCAGAACUUGAAGCUCAGCUUGCACCAUUGGAUACAGACACAAGUCUAACAGAUGAUGGUAAAACCUGCCCAAAAGAUGGAUCGUUUGAUAUGGAAUCUCUUGGGAUUGUGUCAGAGGACAAUUUCCAUUUUGUCCAGUUGACUGAUUCUAAUGCAUUUGCGUCUGAUCGUUCAUCACAACAAACCUCCAGUAUCACUCAGGACCUUGUCAUAACUAAUUCUGACCUGAAAAACAUCUUUGCACCCCAGCCAACUGAAAUGGACCCUUUUAGUACUAACAAAGGUCUAGUUGCAAUCCCUCAAUCUGCAGAAACUCACAAUGACCUGAAACCAACAGAGAGUCUAGAUGUAAAUACAGAUUUUUGGACAACUCCAGCUGUUCAACAUUCUAUGACAGCUGACUUAUUUCCAGUGAACUGGCCCUCUUUACCCCAGCAAUCAGCCCCUUCACCCUUCGACCACCCAACACUGGCUUCAGGGCAUGAUCGUAGCCAUAACUUCACAUCUUCUUUGUUUGACCUUUCACCUGUGGCUUCCUCAACACCACAUGUAGCAGUAGACACUAAUGCACUGCCCCAGCUAUUCCCAUUUACCCCUACCACAGUGAACUCAUUGCCACGUCCAAAACCUGCUGCUAAUCUUCCUACUAUGCAGGCUGUGAAUUCUACAGCAUACAAUCCUUUUCUCCAGGAUAAAACACAGACAUCUGAUCACCCGAGCAGUCCACACCCAGUGAAGCCUUUGACGCCUCCUGAUGAGAAAAGGUCAGAGAGUCGCUCAGUAUUAGAGAAGCUUAAAUCCACCAUCCACUCAGGACGAACAGGCCAGGAUGCUGACAAGAAGCCGCUGGUGGAGGGAGGAGGCUCAUACUACCACCUGAACCACAGCGAGCUGGUGAAUUUGCUGAUCCAGCGGGAUAACGAGCUCAGGCAGGAGCGGGAGCAGUACGAGAAGCGCGGGGGCGCUGCUGGAGAAGCGCGAGGCGGAGCUAAAGAAAAUGAGGUUUCUGAUCAGAGAUCUGGAGGAUUACAUCGACACGCUUCUCGUACGCAUCAUGGAGCAGACCCCCACGCUGCUGCAGGUCCGCCCCAAGAUGAAAUGAUACAACAAACGCCUCCACGUAUCCCUCCACGAAUCCUGGGUGGACGUCACAACCCUGCACUGCUACAGCAACCAUAUAAAUGUAGAGAGCUAUCUGGCGCUAGGUGAUGGGCAUGGAGGAGAGGUUGUAGAUUUGGUGUGUGCAGAAAUACCUGGGCCUCUACUGGGGGUCCGUAUGCACUGCGGGUUUGCAUUGAUGGUUAAAGGUCUGCACUCUGCUGCUAAACUUCAAAGCUGGUAGGAUCCAUUCUGACAUGUGUCCGCUGAUAUUCACUCACUAGACAUGUCUCUAAGACAGUUCCAGCUAUGUACCAAAAUCACCUGUCAGUCGAAAGGAAGGCAUGACUGUGACAUGCCAGUCUACUAGUGCUAGUGUGAAUGGUGUUAAUGCACGAAGAAAAACAUUGAUUUAUCUUUA